AGCACGAGGAGCAGAUGUCAGUCAGAAGUGCGCGUUCAGUAUCAGAACCUCAGAAUCAUGUGCACUACCACACGUUACUACAAAACUGAGUAUUACGAAAAGGGGUGUGAACCACGAAAGCAACGACGUAAUAACAAAAGAAACCCUGGUUCUAAGAGAUAUUCUCCGCCAACUGGUGCUUAUGCAAGGGGCAAGUCCUUCAGCAUGGAAACAAUGGUUUACUCGGCCACUUUGGCGUGGAGUUGGUAG